UUCAUUAGCUAACCUUUCUCAAAUAAGAAAUCUUUCAAAGAUUAUUAUACAUAUUUUGCCGCAAUCCAUAUCACUUGUCGAUACACACACGUCGAAUGCAAGAUGGCGGAGGUUGAAACAGACGACACUAGCUGGAUUUUUGAACUUGAGACAGCCCUGGUAGAAGAAUGUGAUUUUGGACGAUUGCGUAAUAUCUGUAAAGGUCGUCCAGUUCCAGAUCAUUUAAGAGCUGAAGUUUGGCAAAUAUGCUUGGGAGUCCAGGGCAAAGAUGUGCUUUCUUCCUUUGAUGGCCUUUAUGACAUGGAGGAGCAGCCACAGCUACGGGAGGACUGCAGCAGCGUAGUUGAUAAACUGGGCAAUGAAGAAGAGGAUAAAGUUUCUAUUGUCAGUGAUCUUGAAUCCAUUGUGACUUUUUACUGCAAGUCAAAGGGUCAGAAGUACAGCUCAGACAAUGGUUGGCUGGACAUUCUGCAGCCACUUCUGGCUGUCAAAAUGUCACGUUCUGAACUUUAUAACUGCUUCUAUACACUUAUUAACAAGUACAUCCCAAGAGAGCUGAACAAGAAUGGGAAAGCAUUUCACCUAUUCCGCUUGCUGCUGCAGUAUCAUGACCCAGAACUUUCCUCAUACCUUGACACUCGUCGUAUUACACCAGACACUUACCUCAGACCCUGGUUCAGCAGCCUGUUUGCUCGGACUUGUGAUUUGCGCGUGUGUUUGACCAUGUGGGAUGUGCUUCUGCAGCAUGCAGAUACUUUCCUCGUCUUCUUCCUUGCAUUGGUGCUUCUCGUUAAUGCCAAAGACACUAUUUUGGAAAUGAAAGAUCAAAGCAAACAAGCAGUUAUUGAGAAUAUUAUAUCAUUUCCACAGGCGCUAAAUGCUGAAGACAUUGAGGACUUUUGUUCAUUGGCUGAACAUUUUUGUGCUAAAACACCCCAGUCUUUCAAGAAGGACUACCACACUGUUCUGUUUGGAGGAAAUGCUCUGGGCAAAGCAGCUGAAGCAGACACAUGUGGAACAGAAUUGUGUCUUUUUGUGUCUGUUGAGGAACUGCUGCAGACAAAUCAGCACACACUUGCUUUGACAGAAGACAGCGUACGUUUUUUUGUUGUUGACUGUCGACCAGCCGAACAGUACAACUCAGGGCACCUUUCCACAGCUUUCCACCUGGAUGCCAAUUUGAUGCUUCAGAACCCAGAUGAAUUCAAUACUGCAGUCCAGGCACUGCUAGGCACACAGCGGACAGCCAUUGCCACAGGUUCUGCUGCAGGUGGACAACACCUUUGUUUCAUGGGUAGUGGUCGGGAAGAAGAGGAUCAAUAUGUUCUUAUGGUUGUCGCCCAUAUGUUGCAGCGUAACCACAGUUUUAUUUCACUGGCUUCUGAUGGCUUCAUAGCACUCCACAGACUGCUACAGGAUGACUUGCAGGGAAGCCUUGCUGAUCAUGCUGCAAAGUCCUGUAUUGUUUGUAAUCCUGAUAGUGUGAACAGUACCAGUGAUGCAGAGAAUGGGGAAGAUUUCAGUCCCAUCAAAAGUUUGUCAACAGAGCUAUUUGGCAAACUGUCCAUAGCUGUGAAGAGUAAGUCUGCAGAAGUCAAAGAGAAGUUGUCGAGUUACAUUAAAAAUGACCAACAAGGGGCUGAAAGGCAUGUAAGCAGUACUGACACUGGAAGCGCUACAGAAACAUUGCAAAAUGUUUUCUUCACCAUUGGAGAUGAUGCGGAAGGCGAGGAUGGUAGUAUAGAUUCAUCUGGAGAUGAACACAAGGAGAUAGUUAGUCUUGAGACAUGGUUGAAAAAGCCAGAUGUCGUGUACUCCUGUGCCUGCAAAGAACUCAAGUCUAACAAUUACACAUAUCCAAGCACCUUGCUGCUCACAACAACGCACCUGUACAUUCUGCGAGACAUACCACAGAAAAAAGGGAUGGCAUUCAUACAGGCUCGACGGGCCCUUGGGUCUAUUGUGAAAAUCACUUCGAAGAAAAAGCGGCCCGAACUCAUCACUUUCAGAUAUGGUACCCAUGAAGACGAUGGAUUUCACAUCACAGAUAUUGACAUGUUUAUCAUCCCUACUGCAUCAGAAGCAACCAAGAGAAUCAAACAACAGAUCAUCAAGGUGUUAGAUGCUUUGCAGAGUUAGCACUUUAGUUUUGGGGAGAACAUUCUUUUCUGGGAUCACAUUUUUUGACUGAAGAAGUGAAAUAAGAAGUAAACAUUCUCCAUAAGUGAAAUAAGAAGUAAACAUUCUCCAUGAAUCACAGGCUGUAUAGUUGGGCUUUUGAUCAGGUGCUGGAAAAAGUUUAAAGGAGGUAGAAGAAAAGGGUUGUAAUUAUUUGUAACCAACUUUUGCAAAUUGAUCUUUUUUUCCUAAAAUUUCAAACUGUUUUUAACUGCAGUGGUUAUAGUUUUUUAUGUACAGCAAAGAAGUACAAUUAAACCUAACUCUCUAAACUCCCACUGUACUGUUUCUUGUUAGCAGAAACAAAAGUUGAGCUAAAAGUUUGAUCUGAAUAUAGAAUUUGACCCUGAUUUAGAUGAGGUUGCAUGCAUGUAUACCUGUACAUGACAUUCUGAGGCAACCUUGAACAUUGUUAAUGGAAUAUCCCCAUGCACUGGCAUGUGUGGGACAUGCUGAGCAUUCAGCGCUUGUGGCCCAGUCAGAUCAUAUUUUGGGUUCUGAGUUUUAUUGUACUGAAAGCAAACUGGUACUCAUUAUUGUUGAAUUGAAUCUUUGUAAUACCCUGCCCCACUAGUGUACUGCAGUCUCCUACUAAUAAUGAAUGCAUCCUGAAAUUGGUAUCAAAAAAAGUCAAACUCAGUGCAAAUUGGAAUGAGACUCUGUGCAUAUUGAUAGAAACUACUUGUGCAAGGCCAUUUGAAUGGCGUCUCAAUUAAAGGGGUGCCAAAUGUGUAUAAUAAUUAAUAAGGACAUGCCACACAUCCAAUCACAAUUUUAUCUCAGUCAGGCUAUAUGUUGAUAAUUAAUAUAUGGUUUCUCAUGACAUUUGAUGGUUUUAGUCAUUUUUGUCAGUAAAGAUGUGUAUUCUAGCUAUGUUUUCUACCCAUGACUCCGCUUCCAAGUUAAUGUAGAGCAACCUCAACCUUUCUUUUAUUAAGGGGUUUAUUAUAAAUUGUUAUUUUAAAUUCUGCUCACAUUAUAGAUACAGGAGUGUUAUAAAGUGUAAGUGUUAUAUAGGAAAAUUUGGUAUAAGAUGAUUUGCAUGAGCCUGAGUGAGGAAUUAUUUCCAUAAGUAUAAUGUAAAUAAUGUUCCCACCAUUCAAUAACUGUCAAACCUUUCUCAAAAAGUGCUCCAUUUAGAUAGGUUCAAUCAGAUCAAAGUACCUGAAAUAACUUCAAAUGUUAUAAACAUAUUUCGAUAAGGUGGUGCUUUAAAAUGGUUACAGGUUGUGAUAAAACUGCAUGGAAUAUUUUGGUUGCAGAUCCACUCCUAACAUUACAAGAUAGAAUUAAAUCAUGUUGAAAGUGUACAUAAAGUGUAAGCUGAAGGAUGCCUGUCAUUUUUAAAGACUUUGCCUCCAGUAAAUAAAACCUGGGUAAAACUGGACAAGGGGAAGAUGUGCUUCAGACAAGUUGGUGUGGAUUUCAUUUGUGCAAUAUCUCUUGUUGAAAGAUAUUUCCUCUUCAAGUAUUCUUCUGCAAGCGUAAAUGGUUGGACUGCUAUGUUGCAUAUGGUAACCUAACUUGAGGUUUGUCUGUAAAGAAGCUGAUAGUAUGGGCAUACAGGAUAAAUUUGCAGAGACAUGUUUGGAGAAAUCUGAGGUAGAAUUUUUUACUUUUAAACACAAUGCUUGCAUGAAAGGAAAAUUCAUUUAGAUAAAAUAUGUUACAUCGUUUUAUGCUUUGGCUGAAUUUCAGGGAUUUUUAUGGUUUUCACAAGAUCUCUCAGAAUUGUUUUAGGCUAUUUAGAAUUCUGCAGAUUUAAGGUGUUCCAGAUUUGUAAACCAUUAUUGUACAGCACUGUUAUUUUAUGCACGUUUUAAUUUUUAUCUCAUACCAUAAUUCUUUGGCAUUGAGAAGACGUUCAAAUGAUUCCCAUCUGUUUCUCAUAAUAAGUGUGUAGUCUAUUAAUGGCCAUUGUUCCAUUGAAGGAUGUCAGUCUAUAUAUGCACUGUGGUUAAUUCUUGCCUGGUAUAUAUAUAUGUAACAGAUUUAUGGUAUUAGCAGUCUGUAGGUUUUUUGCCGUGGUUUCAGUGUACGGAAAGGUGUUGGAUGAAACAUAUUAUUAUUAUCAAAAGAAUGUUAAAAUGAACAGUGAAUGAAACUUUAAUGUCUAGUCUGUGAAUAUUUAUUUAUAAGAAAUAUUUUUCUUGGACCUGGAAAUGGUUAAAGGUGCGUAACACUGAAAACUAAGAUGGAAGUAUUCCAUGAAAGUUGUAUUGAAAUCCUUGCAAGUAUGCCCACUGCAUGCUAUAAGUGAGCACAAUAUAUCAAGUUGGUGGUCACUUGUAAAUUGUCUUAAACAUGGGGAUAAUAUACUGCAGCAUUUGUAAACAAUAACAAAGCGCAUGUAAUAAUUUUGUCUUCACUCAUCGGAAUGGUAUUUGGUCAUUAUCAGUAAGGUCUGGAAGACCUGCGCCAUAUUCUUUCAUGAGCUUUAAGAGAAAUGAAAAACCAAAUAUAAGGAGUGUGCUGUGUAACCAUAAAAGCAAAAGUUUUAUUUUUCAAGAGAAAACACUGACAGUUCAGCAUAUUUUAAACUAUAGUCCCAUCUGUGGGUUGGCAUGUCAGAGCCAGGAAUGUUUGGUUCUUCCUGCUGCAGAAUGACUGCUCAGUGAGAGUUUUUCUUUUUAAACCUUUCCUUGAAGAGGGCAAGCAGUUAUGAAGAGAAAUAUGUAAUGUUACUGGGCCAGGAGCUCUAGACUGCAAUCCCAUUCAGGCAUGGAAAGAAAUAGUAGUUAUGAAAAGGUUGGAGCUGUUGAUUUAUGGAACAAACUUGCUAGAUGUCAUGCCAAGCCAGUAAAUUUAGCUCAUUUUGGUGGACUAUAUGGUGUACAGUUGAUGUCUUGGUGAUGGCAUGCACAUAACACCAAUAUCUCAAAUGUGUAUAUUUUAGUUUCAUUCAUCCAAGUAGUCACAACUUGUGUUAAAAACUGGCUUAAAUGUAAAUUACAUUGGUUUGAGACUUUUGUGUGAGAAAGCCUUUUGAUAUAGCUUACCAUCUUAAAAGUUCAGUAGUAUUUAUCUCUUACAAAAUCUGAUAAUUGAAUAAUUCACUUAGAUUUAUUUAAAUAUCACCUAGGGGAAACUGCAUGUGGAAAGUGUUUGCUUUAUACUCUUGCUUCCAUUGUCAUUGAAAUGUUUCUUUCAUCAGUGAGGAUUUAAAAUAUUUCUUGACAAACUUAAGAUGAUUUUAAGAUAACAUGUAAAGAGCCAGUGAAGCUAUAUGUGCACAUUAAGUUGCUGAAAGUGUGCUUGUGAGAGUGUGAUCACUCAAGUACUAUGAUGACUUUUGUGGUCUGGAGAGUGAGGGCAAGGAUAAGAGUACUGCUGUAACAAACAAAGCAGUCUUUCAAAAUCUCCCUCUCUAAAGACUGAAAGGUUAUAGGACAUUUUUUUAAUAUGUGUUUUUAUUGCUUAUAGAAAUAGAAUUGCGAAUCAAAGACCUGUGUCUAAAGCCACAAGAACAUUUUUUUUUGUUAUCUUCACCUUGUCAAACUUCACAUUAAAGUAUUGACAAUGUAGUGAAGCAUUCUGUGAUGAAGCAAUACGCGCGCAAUGGUAGCUUAUCCUACUGAUCAUGCUAGUGUACAUGUUGUGGAUUUCUUGAUCCAUUUUAAGGAAAUAAAGGUUCAACAGAAUGUGAUGAGAGUAAUGUAUCAGCCAGAAAAAUUUUCAGUUCAUCUUUUUAAACACAGUGACAUAAACAUUAAAAAAAAGAUGUUGGGCUAUUAAGUAAUCAUGGUGCUUGGAGGGUGGUAGGACAGAACAAAACUGGUUAAUGGUAUGAGAAUAUUCUGGGCAGGAUGGACUUAUUGUGGAGUGUGAACAAAAUUGUCCAUAAGAGGAAGACAAUAGGAUAAAACUGUUACUGAUGGAGCAAGUUACUUGUGUAAAUAUUAUCAUUCACUAAGAUCGUGAUAGGCAUACCCAGGAUUUUUUUGUAUGAUUAUUUGGGUAGAGAUCAUAAAUACUGAGCAUUUGCAGCAAUUUUUAAUUGCAGAAAAUUGGAUGCUCUCCUGAUAGAACUGCUGUAUAUUUAUAUUUUCUAGAUUCAAAAAACAAGGACUGAGAAGUUUAAAGGAUUUUCAAAUAGCUUAGUUUUUGUGUGACAUUUUCCAUUAUUCAGUUCUAGCAUUAGAGAAAACGCCAAAGGUAAGCUGAGGCUUCUCUUUGUGGAAGGAUGAUGUUUUGGAUUUUCUUCUCUGUUGAGAGGUGUGUGAAGCCUCUGUUCUUGAUGUAAGUGGAUUACGUGUUCGGAAGGUCAUUUGUCGUACUGUGAGCACUGUGCUGCUGUGGAAGUGUGUCACAGUUGUAGCAUGGAUUUCUGGCAUCAGCAAUUGAUGUUUGGAUCCUGCUGUCUGCAGUCUGUGGCUCCUUGCUGAGAGUAAAGUGACUGAUUUUGUAACUGUCCCAGUUAAGAUUUAACAUACUUGGUCAUCAGGUUGUACAACUUUUGAAGUAUGUUUAAAGUUUUGAGUUAGAGUGUGUGUGUGUGUGAGAGAGAGAAUGUUAAGGCACAUUUGUGGUUUAUUUGUUACCAUUUAAACCUACUUAAUUGUGAUUUUGUACAUAGGAACAGUGUUUGGAGAUUGUGAUGUUAUAAAUUUGUGAACACUGUCAA